AGUUUAUGAAACCUGCAAGCUGGGAACCCAUGCACCCCAAAGUCUUGGAAAUGAGAUGGAGAUUGAUUCUGGGAAAAUUUCUCCUGGUUUUGUCCUUCUCGAUUGCCCUCAGUCGAUGAAGAUAGAUACCAAUAAUGCAUCUAUGCUGGGAUCAAUCAGUGAUUAUUUUCUUUGUCUAUCAAAUGGCUGGGAUCUGACGAGCUAUCUAAAGACCCUUUCUAAGGUUCUCAAAGGCUUAAAAUUUGGUUCAUCUCCAACUGUAAAUGCAAAGGAUGGAAAUGGUGGGCCAUGCACUGUAGUUUAUGUGGUGUGCCCCUUCCCAGAGCCUCUUGCAGUUCUGAAGACUGUGGUUGAAUCUUCCAUUGCUAUUGGAUCAGUCAUUCGGUCUUCAGAUAAAGAAAGGAGAUCAAUGAUGCACAACCAAGUUGCAAAAGCCCUGAGUUACCCAGCUGCUGUAGACGAGUCAUUUUCAAAUGUUUUGACUCUUUCGGGAUUCAGCAUACCAAAGUUGGUCUUGCAGAUUGUGACAGUUGAUGCUGUUUUUAGGGUUACUAGUCCCACACUAAGUGAGCUAAUCAUUCUGAAGGAAAUUGCAUUCACUGUUUACAAUAAAGCUCGACGUAUUUUACGAGGAGCUUCUGGCGAGAUGACACAAUCAUCAUCUUGUCAAAGUUCUGCAUCUUCAGGAAGUGGAGAUAAUAAUGGGCCUGUUUCUCAGCAUGAGCCCAUGGAUUCAGAUGGUUUUGGAACUGGCCAUCAAAAAGCACUCCCGAGCCUGCAUUGUUGUUAUGGGUGGACAGAAGAUUGGCGUUGGAUGGUGUGCGUAUGGACAGAUUCAAGGGGAGAGUUGCUCGACAGUUAUGUUUACCCCUUUGGUGGAGUCAGUAGCCGGCAAGACACCAAGGGUCUGCAGUCCCUAUUUAUCCAAAUUUUGCAACAAGGAUGCCAGAUUCUCCAGGCUUGUUCUCCUGAUGUUGGUAUUGCUAAGCCUAGAGAUCUUGUGAUUGCACGAGUGGGUUGCUUCUUUGAGCUCGAGUGCCAGGAGUGGCAGAAAGCAUUGUAUUCCGCUGGGGGUCCGGAGGUGAAGAAGUGGUCUCUGCAGCUUCGUCGAUCAUUCCCUGAUGGAAUACCUCCUAAUAGCAAUGGAAAUUCUUUGCAGCAGCAGGAGAUGAGUUUAAUGCAAGAGAGAUCUUCACCAAGUCCAUUGUAUAGUACUCAUGCUAAGGCUUCUGCAUUCAUGAAAGGUGGCAUCGGACAACCUUCCUCAAGGAAGCAGAUAAUGGGUGGGCAUGCAGUGCUCGACAAUUCCAAGGGCUUAUUGCAGUGGGUGCAGAGCAUCAGUUUCGUUUCAGUCUCAAUUGAUCAUUCCUUACAACUAGUGUUUCAAGCAGACUCAACAUCCCCUGGGACAAGUCAAGGUAGUGCUACAUCUGGUCAGUCAGUGUAUCUCGAAGGAUACACACCUGUCAAAUCCCUCGGCUCUACUUCAGCCUCCUACAUUCUAAUUCCUUCACCAAGAAUGCGUUUCCUCCCCCCCUCGAUUCUUCAACUCCCCACAUGCCUCACUGCAGAUUCCCCUCCUUUAGCCCAUCUUCUACACAGCAAAGGCUCGGCAAUUCCCCUCUCUACCGGUUUCGUCGUCUCAAAAGCUGUACCUUCAAUGAGGAAAGACAGUAAAAGCCACUCAAAAGAAGAAUGGCCUUCAAUUCUUUCUGUUAGUUUAGUUGACUAUUACGGAGGUAAUAACUUCAGCAAAGAAAAGUUAUUAGCGAAUAAAGGUGUCAGUAAUAAGCAAAGCAAGGAUUUCGAGUCGGAGACGCACGUAAUUCUUGAUUCGAUAGCAGCUGAGCUUCAUGCAUUGUCGUGGAUGACUGUUAGUCCAGCGUAUUUAGAUAGGAGAUCGGCUUUGCCUUUUCAUUGUGAUAUGGUUUUGAGACUUAGAAGGCUUCUUCAUUUUGCCGAUAAGGAACUUUCUCGUCUUCCAGAUAAGGGCACGAGCAAUUUAGGACAAAGGAUUUGAGGUAUAUUAUCUGUUUUUAAUUCUAUCGUACUUUGUGCAUAGUUAGUUGUACCUUGUAAGAGUCUUGAUAUAUAUAGGUGUAGCAGCUCACAGUGAACUGUGUAAAUAAAAUUUUAGAUGUAGUGUUCUCAUUUUUUGGCACUGGUCGGUCUAACGGGAUCACGUGUAGAAUUUCUUGACAGACGAAAUUAGCCGUGUGUGUUUGAGGGUAGAUGUUAUAACUUAUAAUUAUAGUUACAGUUAUUUGAUUAUGCUUUGGCAGGAAAA